AUGUCGCGUAAACAAGAUACAUUAGCAGUGUGUGGAAAUCCUUUAUACCUUGAGUGGUUAAAAGUUUGGAUGGAAAAUGCCAAGGAUAAUAAUAAUACCAAACUUUAUUACACGUACAAAAAGGCUUUUGAGUCCAUGUCAGUAUAUCCAUUACCAUUUAAUCAUCCAAAGGAAGCAGCUAUUUUAAGUGGUAUUGGUCCUAUCAUUUGCAAAAAGUUAGAGAAAAAAUUAAAAGAACAUUGUGAUGAACAUGACUUGACCAUGCCUGAACCUCCUGAUGAAAUCUCAAGUUCUAAGCAAGUUGUUGUGACAGAAAAUAUAAAUCAAGAUCAAGAAAAAAGAAAUUCUAAUUUCUUUGAAUCAAAGAAAAGAAAAAAAGCCACAUCAUCAAAAACAUAUGUUCCAAAAUAUCGUACUGGUCCCUAUGCAAUCAUGGUAGCAUUAUACAAAUCUUAUAAAGAUGAAUUGACUCACAGUAUGACAAAAUCAGAUUUGUUAAGGGAAGCUCAAAAAUAUUCUGAUACAUCCUUUGAAGUAUCAAAUAAUCGUAGAAAACAUUACACAGCCUGGAGUUCUGUGAAAAUUUUGUUAGAAAGAGAUUAUGUAUAUAAAAGUGGAUGUCCCUCAAGGUUUUCAUUAACAGAUAUUGGCAUGUCAGUUGCUCAACAAAUGGCCGAUAUUCAAAUCGAACAAGGGCAUGAGGCUAUAAAUACAGUUGAUGAAAAUCAGCUAAACUCAAAUGAUGAGAAAAAUGUCAAUGAAAGUGAUACUAUAGAAAUAAAAGAAAGUGUGGCUAGUAACACUGAAGGAAAACAGCAGGGAGCCAUUGAAAUUGAAGAUAAUUUGACUGCUGAACCUGUUUUGACAUUAGAACCAUAUUGUUCCAAUAAUAUUAAUUUACCAAACUAUGAUUUUGAGGAUCGAGAUUUUAUACAAGAUGCAUUAAUAAACAGAGGAGUGAAAUUAUCUGUUAGAAGUUUAGAACUUGGUGAUGUUUUAUGGGUGGCUAAAAAAUAUGGAUCAACCACAAAAGAUGAAGAAAUUGUAUUAGACUAUAUUGUUGAAAGGAAAAGAAUGGAUGAUUUGAUAGGAAGUAUCAAAGAUGGAAGAUUUAGAGAACAAAAGUUCCGUCUUUCUAAGUCUGUUGAAUAUCUAAUCAGAGUGACAAAUAUGUUAAAAAGUGUAUAUGAGGAAUCCAUCACAUAUAUCAUUCCAGAUAACCUUAUUUAUCGUUCUACAUUUUUAACUUUGAAAGAACAAUUGGCCACUGUUUAUAAAGAUCGUAUUUAUCAUGUCAGCUAUGCAUCAUAUUCAGAACUUAAUAGUAAGAGUAAAUCUUUAACAUUAAGGGAUAUUUUUUUAAAAUUUUUAAUGACAAUCAAAGGUAUAAGUGCAGAAAAGGCAAUGGAAAUUAUUAAAAAAUAUCCAACACCACAUGAUUUAUUCGAAGCAUUUAAUUCGUUAAAUACUGAAGGUGAAAAAAAGAGAAUGAUCAAGGAUAUUUAUGAUGGUAUGAUUCGUAGGAAAAAAUUUGGUCCUGUUUUGAGUGAAAAAGUUUAUAAAAUCUGGCAUGCAGAUAAUUAUUAA